ACUGACUGAACCUGGAAGUAAAAUAAACCUUACUGCGCGACUGUUAAAGCAAUAUAGUACUUUGUGAAGUAAUGUCGCGUUGAAAAAAUAUGGAGAAUAUCUUCUUAAUUUUCAUUCUCCUGGGAUUUGGUAUUGGCCUUUCAACACAAAACACCGGCGUUGAUUCCAAAUUAAAUGCAGAAAAAUGUUCCAUCGACGAAAUUGAAAAUUUGGUAAACAUAGAAUAUUGUCCGGAAGAAGAUAUAAUUGAUAACACGGUUAAACAUCAGGGAGUGUGCACAGCGGAAGAUGGAAAAGUGUAUACUUGCGAACACGGUCACUGGUCAGGAACCGAUAGCUCUGUCGCAACAAUUAGCAGAAGAAAGCGGUUCUUUUGGGUUUUUUUCCCGGUGGUGAUUUGCGUGUUUUUUUGUAGAAGGAGGCGAGGGGGAGGUGUGAGGACAAUUACCAAGUAUCCGCCUACAUUCUCACAACCAUGUACACCAAACGAUAUCCAAAGUAAUUACAACAUUGGUGAAGGAGAGGACAGCGUUGUUGUCAGCUGGACCGUGCCAAGAGCCUCGGAUAGAAAUGGAGGCACACCAAGUGUUACACAAGUUGGUGGUGGUACAAAUGGAGGUCGAUUCGAUGGAGCUACCUAUGGAAAGACGCACUAUAUUACUUAUAAAGCUACCGACUCCGAUGGCCUUACUGGACAUUGUUAUUUUUCCUUCACUAUCACUGAAUCGACUUGUAACUCCCUGUCGUGGCCACCAAAUGGCGCACGGACGUGCGACAAGAAGAAUAUUCUCGGAAGUUCAUGUCAUUAUACAUGUAAUACUGGGUACCAGCUGACUGGAAGUAGUACAGUAACGUGUCAAAAUGCAGCAUCGCCAUCAUGGUCAGCCAUUCCAACUUGUGAAAAAAUCACCUGUAGUGAGCCGAAUUACCCCGAGCAUACAACGGCACAGUGUUCGGAUCCAGACUACGGCUACUUGUCGGUAUGUUCAAUGAAAUGUGACGUAGGGUACACCCUGAAAGGAGCUUACUUUAUGCAAUGCCAGGCAGACCGUACAUGGUCAAACGCUGGAGCUGCAUCGUGCGUUGAUGAUUCGCCGCCGACUAUUUCUUGCGUAACUCCUCAGAUUUUUUACGCGGACCGAGGUGUGACGACAAAAUCAGUUACCUGGCAACUUCCUACAGCGUCUGACGCCACAGACGACAAUCCUUCCAUUGUACAAACGUUUGGUCCAACAAUGGGAGCAGUUCUUGAAGUGGGAACAGAAAUAGUAAAAUAUAAGGCAGUUGAUGAAGAUGGAAGCGAAUCUCAAGAAUGUUUUAUUCAGCUUCAGGUUGAAGAAAUAAUUUGUGGUCACCCGUUAGAUAAUUUUACUGAUGAGUACAUGAGAUUUACGUGUUCAACACCAAGCUCUGGAUAUGUUUACGGUGCAUCAUGUCGGCUGUCAUGUAGCGCGUACCUGCCGCUAGAGGGCACUGAUCUGAUCACGUGCGAGGCAAAUGACCAAUCAGAAGGUGUUUGGAGCUGGGGAUCUGGUGACAAGCCUUAUUGUAGAGAAAUCGCUUGUCCGGAAUUAGAAGCACCAAUUAAUGGAGCUCUAUCCCAUGACACAGUAUUGACAAGACCGUUACGUAUUAUGUCGUGUAAUAACCUAUUCGAUAUACCUGAUAUGGGCACAAACUUUAAUGGACAGUUUUUAUGUAAAGACGAUGGAAAUUGGACUCCAUUUGAUACAGUGCCAGACUGUAUAGAACCAAAGAACCCUCGAUAUGUAAAGCUACCGGCUGAGAUAUUUUACUAUGGCGGGAAUUGUGGCGAUGAGGCGACUAUGGCAGAAAUUAAGGAGAAUUUCCAAAAUAUAGUUGAUACAAAACUUAGCCCAUUAUUCACAAUAGUUUGCCCAUCUGGAGAAACCUGUCUUGCUGAAGAUAUUGUCGUAACAUGUGGACCUAUUCAGACUCGCAAGAAGAGAUCUCUGUCCUGGACAAUAAACAGUCGUCAUCUUCGUUCUCAAGAAUACGAAGUGCCAACUAGAGAACAUGAAAUCGAAAAACGAAGCACAGAGACCCAUUUGCUAAUUUUGGAAUUUUAUAUCGUUAAUCCUUUGAACUUAACCAACACAACAUUUUUAGAUGCAUUAACUUAUUACGACGAUAUACAGCUCAAUAUACUGAAACCGGCAGUUCAAGAACUGAUCAACAACGGUACUUUUGACAUCGCAAAUUUCGUGCUGAAAUCCGAUUCAUUUGCGACGCCAAGUUACGGCGACAUAAUAUGCGAUGAAGGUUACAUGCUGGACCAAUCAACAUGCAAGCCAUGUCCGGUUGGCUACUUUCUUAACCAAACAAGCAACCUAUGUGAUCAGUGCCCUGCCGGGCUGUAUAAGGACGUCGAAAGUGCAAGCACGUGUUCAUCAUGUCCUAACGGGUACACAACACAGGUAUCUGGGUCCAAGUCCGAGUCUGAUUGUGUCAAACUAUGUAGUCCGGGAACAUAUUCUGCAAGUACGGUUGAGAUAUGUAACACGUGUCCCCUUGGUUACUAUCAAGAUGAGUAUGGACAGACGACAUGUAAACAAUGUCCUACCGGUACAACAACUGCAUCAACAAACAGUUCGUCUGCUGAUGAUUGCAAAAUAUUUGAGGAGUGCGUGUCUUCACCAUGUAACGGACAUAACUGUACCAGUGUCCAAGACAAUUAUAUCUGUACUUGUGAUGGCGGUUGGUCUGGGACUAAUUGUACGACACCACCGGAUAGUUGUAAUGGCAACGCAUGUGAAAAUGGUGCAACGUGUAUAAGUGGAACUACCAAUUACACGUGCAGUUGUGCUACUGGAUACAGUGGUCCGUUUUGUGAAGUUUCACCAUUGGAUGGCGGUUGGUCAGACUGGACCGAUUCAGCAUGUUCAAAGAGUUGUGGAACUGGUAGUUUGACUAGAACCCGACAAUGUAACAGCCCCGUCCCAGAUACACACGGUGCUGAUUGCGUUGGUGACGCUACAGAAACAAUAGCUUGUAAUACAGAUGCUUGUCCUGUUUGUGAACAACUCACGAGCGCAUCCGGGACCUUGUUCAACUGUUCUACAAACGGAACAUUCGGUGAUGAGACAUGUACAGUAUAUUGCGAGGAUGGUAAAGUACUUCCACCCGGUUUAGAUGGUGGACAGUCAUACAGCUGUGGUCCAAGCACCAACUACGAAUGGGAUUAUUUGGAAAAUACUCCCAGCUGUGUCGAUCCUGUCGGUCCAGGGAAUGUUAGCAUAACCAUAUCUGUAGAGUAUGCCACAGAUAUUCCCACCAGUAUUGCGUCAGAUUUUAUUGACUUAAUAAAAAACCAAACAUCAGGCCUGCAGUGCUUUGAUUCUGCUAACUGUCAGACGAAUAUAGAAAUAGAUCAGUCUACCUUGACGAUUGUGUUUAAUAUUCCUACAUCCCAGGGACCAGACCUUGAUUAUAGCGACUACAUAUCGAGUGGAAUACCAAAUGGUGCUCUACAAGAGGUUAUAGACGCAAUCAAUCUUUUGGAACAAACUGCCGAAUACAUUCAAAAUAAUACGAAUGAGUUGUUUGACGUCACCACUGACGGCGUGACGUACACAGUUGUAGACGACAGUGUAACAAUUGAUGCUGGAGUCACGUGCGAUAGCGGAUUUGUUGAUUAUGACGGCAUUUGUGUUGCAUGUCCGGCAGGCACGCGCUCCAUAGAUGACGUGUGUGCAUUUUGUGAGAAGGGAAAAUAUCAGUCGAACGCUGGACAGACGACAUGUAUAUCAUGUCCGGAUGGGCAGACGACAAAUGCUAUAGGCUCAAAGGAUAGCUCUCAAUGUAUAAUAGAAUCAACAUCAACAAAGAAGCCGCCUUCUGGCAAACGCCCUCGUGACGAUGAUGAUAAUAACAAUACCGUGACGAUAGCAAUCGCAAUUUCUGUGACAGCACUAGUUAUUGCAUUAUUUGCGAUAGUGAUGGUUUGGUACAAGAAAUUCAGACCAAAGACAUCGAUUAAUUGCUCAACCGAAAAUCUAAGAGCCGAAUCAUGUCGAACAAGGUUUACAAGAAGUGGCCGCGGGUGGCCCGCUUCACCAACUCGAACGGUUACAGCAAUGUCACAAUUUGAUCCAAACGACUAUCAGAGAGGUAGUGACAGCUGUCGGACGCCUGGACCACAUGUCAGAGUGGCGUCUGCUAAUAGCAUAAGAAUAGAUUGUCAAAGCCCUCCGCCUUACGAAGCAGAUUUGCCAGUAUAUACAGAAAAAGAUUUGACAUGUUUUGACAACACAUAUGCCGUUAUUAACGACAGUCUCCCUGGGAAAAACUAAAAAAUUAAAGACAAUCAGUAAACAAUUAAAGAGAGAAAAGUAAACAAUUAAAGAAAAACAGUAAACAAUCAAAUAGAAAAGUAAGGUUAACAAUAUAAGUGAAAAGUAAACAAUAAUAGAUAACGGACCCUCAUGGUUAAAAUUUAGUUUUCAUCAUGGAGGUGUGAUUUGUCUAGGAGAAUGAAAUAUUUUACACAUAAAUCAUGUUAUAUAAGGUUUGUCGCAAAAUGACUUCAAAGAAGAUUACCCUCAACACAUACACCCAGGAUUAUUAUUAUUGUUAGUAGUAGUAGUACUAGAAUUAUUUUAUAUCGUUUACAAAGAGACUCCCUUGUCCUGUUUUAUAAUGUGUUUUAGUUAUUAGUCUAUUGCAAAUGUGCCGACUUAGUAUGAUAUUUUACUGUGUUAUAUAUAUUUUGUUUAUUAAUAACUGUUGUGUUUUCAUCUCCAUACAUUAUACAUUUAGGAACAGUACUAGUAAAUGAUUCCAUUAUACAUGUAUACAAUCAAGUUUGUUUCGAAAUAUGAGACUUAGCAGUCCAGUUACUUCUGAUAAUUGUUAAAUAAAAUAAUUGUCAUCUUGUCAUAUGAAGCUAUAUCUAAUGAAAUAUUUCUAUAAGUUUAUCAACGGUAGAGUAAUAUUGUUUCCAUAAUUUUACUCUCGAUUCUUGAAAGAAUUGUAACACUGAAUGUCGCUGUUACUUAACACACAUGGAUAUUGUACGUUAC